AUGCACAUUAUUAUCCAGGUUUUCAAUUCUAAGAACGGUAUCUAUCUAUCUAUCUAUCUAUCUAUCUAUCUAUCUAUCUAUCUAUCUAUUUCGGUCUGUUCCUAUCUAUCUAUCUAUCUAUCUCGGUCUGCUCCUAUCUAUCUAUCUAUCUAUCUAUCUAUCUAUCUAUCUAUCUAUCUAUCUCAGUCUGUUCCUAUCUAUCUUCGAUUUUUUCCUUUGAUUUUCUCGUUUUCUUUCUUUCUUUCUUUCUAUCUUUUUCGUUAUUUUCUUUCUUCAUUCAUUAUUUUUUCCUUCGACUUCCUCGUUUCUUUCUUUCUUUUUCUUUCUUUCUUUUUUCUUUCUUUCUUUUUCGUUAUUUUCUUUUUUCAUUCAUUAUUUUUUCCUUCGACUUCCUCGUUUUUUUUCUUUCUUUCUUUCUUUCUUUCUUUCUUUCUUUCUUUCUUUCUUUCUUUCUUUUUCGUUAUUUUCUUUCUUCAUUCAUUAUUUUUUCCUUCGACUUCCUCGUUUUAUUUCUUUCUUUCUUUCUGUUUAUUUUCUUUACGUUUUCCUCAAUUUCUUUUUUUACUUUCUUUUCUUUCUUUCUUUCUUUCUUUCUUUCUUUCUUUCUUUCUUAACUUUUCAUUCCGUCUCAUUUUCAUUUUUUUCUGUCCGUUUUUGAAAAAUCUAUUUAUGCCCCAAACAAGCUGUCACUCUUUCUUUCUUUCUUUCUUUCUUUCUUUCUUUCUUUCUUUCUUUCUUUCUUCACUAUUUUUUUCAUUUGUUUCCCUUAUAAAAAAUUUUACCUUUCGAUUAUUUCUCUUCAUUUUUUUCCCCUCAUCUUUCUUUUUUUCAUUCUUUGAUAUCUUUCUUUUUUUCAUUCUUUGA